GUUGGUGUCAGCUGUUUUCGGACAGCUGUCUCGGGGGCACAUCCGCGUGAUUUCUUGGUGUUACCUGCGUGCAGGUCGCUCCAUAAAUCCGCCGGGUUCCAGUGCGUAAUUACCCGCCGCAAGCCACAUGAAGACUAGGUGAGAUUAGGCAGAUUUUGGUAAGGCAGUUAGGGGGGAAUUCUCUGUUGGGUUUUGUCUUUUCGCCCAGGCGUGUUGACAGUUGAGUACUUUGCUUUCUGAUUGGGUAUAGGCAAUAUAUUAUGGCUUCUUUGUCAGCGUUUGUGGAUGCGCCCUCAGUAUCUUUCUUGGAUGGUUGCCAGAAGGCGCAGUUGAUCGAAAUAGCAGAGCAUUAUGAAAUUGCUGUUGUAGGGAGCAAGCGGAAACAUGACAUUAAAGCUGUCAUCGUGUCAUCUUUGUUUGAGCGGGGAGUGUUACAGAAGAGUGAGUCUGGUGUGGCAGGGGUCGGGCCAGUAGUGGUUCAGACAGCUGGUUUGACAUUCGAACAGCAAAAGGAGCUUUUGGCCAUGCAGUUUAAUCAGGAGAGAUUGCAGUUGGAGUUGAAGUUGGAGCAGGAGAAGUUGCAGUUGGAGAUGAGGGGUCAGCAGCAGGAGGUAGAGAAGCGUUUAGAGGUGGAGAAGGUGCUGGAGGUGGAAAAGAUGAAAUGUGAGGUGGAACAUGCUAGAUUACGGCUGAUGGGAGAGGGCAAGUUUUCUCCAGGGGAGGAUGGUGGUGCUAGGUUAGCAUCAGGCAGUGGCGAUAUAAUUUCUUACUUGCGAUUAGUGCCAAAGUUCAAUGAGCGUGACCCGGACAUUUUUUUCACUCUAUUUGAACACAUAGCAGAGGCAAGAAACUGGUCAGAUUCGGACAGAGUGCUGUUACUUCAGUGUGUACUCACUGGGCGAGCACAGGAAGCCUAUUCAGCUAUUUGUGGCGAAAAUGCUUUGGACUAUGCUAGAGUAAAAUCAGUGGUGUUGAAAUCUUACGAACUGGUUCCUGAAGCGUAUCGUCAAAGGUUCAGAAGUGGGGUCAAGGGAGAUAAGCAGACACAUGUGGAGUUUAUCCGUGAUUUAACUUCUCAUUUUCAGCGGUGGUGCGCGGCAGCAAAGGUUGCAAGUUUUGACGGUCUUUGUGAGCUCAUUGUCUUGGAACAAUUUAAAAACAUUCUCCCUCAGCGUGUGGCCACGUAUGUGAAUGAACAGAAACCUCCCACCGCGUUUAGAGCUGCUGAAUUAGCGGACGAUUUUGUGUUGACACAUAAGGGCAGUUUUGCGGAGAAAUAUUCUAGGGGUGAUUGGAAACGUGGAGAAGACAAUGGAGAUGCCCGUGCAAAGUUUUCACCAGGCUCCUCCCGUAGAUUUGCAGGUACAGGGCGACCCAAGGGGGCCAAAGUGGACCAAUGUCACUAUUGCAAAGGUGGGGGUCAUUGGAAGGAGCAGUGUCCAUUGCUGGAAACGAAGGGGAAGCCUCGUUUGUCACCACAUGCUCCAGCCAUGUGUUGUUCUGCCGUGGUGGAUAAAAAACCGUUGGGUGUAGGCUCGGGCAUGGUGCCUGAUAAGAAGCCGGUUUGUGCCGACCCGGAUGCGGGUUCUGGUUUUGAGCCGUUCAUCACUAUCAGUAGUCGGUAGUGACAAAUAUGUGCCGAUUAAGGUGUUGCGUGAUACAGCGGCUAGAUACUCAUUCAUUGUUGAGUCAGUGUUGCCUUUUUCGUCAGAGACAGAAACGGGGGAUUUUGUGCUGAUGAGGGGCAUGGAGAUGGGCUUGAUCCCUGUGCCACGGCAUACAAUAGUGCUGGAUUGCGAACUGGUGCGGGGAGUUGUGUCUAUCGGGGUGCGUCCCGCGUUGCCACUCGAUGGGAUACAUAUGAUUUUGGGCAACGAUCUCGCUGGUAGUGCUGUGUGGGCUGGUGUGCCACCGCCUGUGGUGGUUUCCAGGCCGGUGGCAUCUGGGGAGCCAGAUGAGAGUGGUUUGCAGUUUCCAAGUGUGUUUCCAGUUUGUGCGGUGACACGUGCACAGAGCCGUAAAAUGUCUGCUGACCCACAUGUUUCGGAGUGUAGCAAAAGUAAUGUGGUACAUGUGGUCUCACUGCCUGAUCUCCCUUCGUCGGUGUCAAAGGAGGACUGGGUCAGGAGUCAGAGGGACGAUUCAUCUCUUUCUGCUCUGUGGACUGAAGUGUUGCCGGCAGAGAAGGUCAGAGACAUAGCCCAGGGUUACUUUGUUCAGGGGGACUUGCUGGUGCGUAAGUGGGUGCCCUGUGUUGGUGAUGCUGUGGGGG